AUGCGGCUGAAAACAUCACCUCUUGCUCUCAGCCUGUGCCCUAUUGACUGCCUCUUCUUGGAAAUGCCGAGCAAUGAACCCCUGCGAUGCCGCUGUGCCAUCUACCGGCCCUGGUGCUCCCCCUACAGCUACUUUGUGCGUGUGGACAAAAACGCCCCGCCGGAUUCACACAGCUUCCCUGGCGUUCUCAUGGCCCGCAGCAGAGACGGCCCAGCAGACGCCGGCCGAGCUGAAGAGACUGCCAAGAGCGCCCCUUCCUCCUCUGGCUCCCUAGAAAAAGCUCGCCCCCGGGACGGCAGCAGCAGGAAGGGCAGACCCCCUCCCAGGGCCGAGGACGGCAUCACGUCCCAUGACAUCCUCCUGGCUUCUCGGUGGCAGCCCCUGCAGCGGGACGGCUACAAAUGUGUGGCCUGCUGCCGCAUGUUUCCAACUCUGCGCUCGCUCAAGACCCACAUCAAGUGUGGGUUGAAGGAAGGGUUCAGCUGCAAGGUCUACUACCAGAAGCUCAAAGCUUUCUGGGAAAAGGAACACGCGUGUCAGUUCAGCAAGUGCCCGGGAGGUGGCGGCAGCCACAGCGCCAGAAAGCUCAAAUAG